UGACUGUCAAUAGAAAAAAUUAAUGAUUAAAACCGAGAACACAAGUAUACAAUCAUUAUACAUGCAUUUAAACACACUGUAUAGAGAACAGGAGAAUGUAAAGCUCACUGUACAGCUGCUGUAGACUGAUAGGUUCAUGAUGUAAGCAACCAAUAACAGGCAUUCAUAUUUUGUAAGGAUAAUUUCAGCGACGUAUGGAAAGCCUACAGCUUAAAACAUGUUUGUCUCCAAAAGUUCAUUUUUUAAUCACAAAAGUUGGCAGAAGUAGAAAUGAAGCGAAAGGUGCGAGGGCAACUAGCAUAACGCCAGACGGUUUCAUCAUUUGGGAUGAAGCUUGCAUUUGUCUACCAGAAACAUCACCUUCAGAUGAGUAUGAUUACUUCAUGGCUUGUGUCCAGUCUCUGUCACCUGUGUUCUUUGAAGCAGAAGAAAUACUGCUCUCUAAUCACUGGCAGGAGAUCUGGAUCAAACAUAAACCACACCUCAGCUGGAUACCAGAGGCUCAUCAUCAGGCUGUAGAAGAUUCACUUAAGUAUUUAACAUCUACAAAUGAAUCACACCACAUCCUGGGUUUACAGUUGGUUUGCUCUGUUCUGGAGAGAGCGCUAGGUGAUGUUUUUGAGUAUGUAAGUUCCCUGCAGUGUCCCUCUCUCCUCAAAGACAUUCUGAAUUCAGGGGAAAUAACUCAGGUGUUUGGAAGAAAUGUGGUAAGUAUCCAACUUUUACGAGUUGUAAUUGGUCCUCCAACUUCUCUUAACCUGAGAAAUAUUGUGUGGCAUGGAUUUCCUAAUGUUGGGGAGAUACCAAAGAGAUAUGGAUGUUUCCUCUACCUCACCCUGCCUAGUUUUGGUAAACUCCUGGAGGAGAGGGGUCAACACGUACAGGUCCAUAGACAGCUCAUGCAGUUCAAAUUAGAUCCAAACUUCACCUCUCAUGCUCUAGGUAAACUAGACAUGAGAAACAAAUUGCCCCUGGUGAAGGAGCUAGUGGAAAUGACUCAGGAUCUCCAUGGCCGGCAGCAUUUGAUACAAUGUUCCUUAGACUUAAUGGCUGACAAACAAUAUUCCUAUGCCACCAUUUUGUUGCUACCUCAACUGGAGCACAUUCUAAGGCUGGUAUUUACCAAAGAAAAUGGCUGCUCAGAAAGACUGCUUACGGCAGAGUACACUACCCUCUAUACUACAUUUGAUGAGAUAUUUGAUAAACAUUUACCUAAUGGAGAAAGGAACAAACUUCCAGAAAGACUUGGAGAAAAUCUCAUGGAAAGUACUGACCUCUUGUUUGACCUUUUAGUUUACCCUGAGGGCCCCAGGGUCAGAGACAAGGUUAGCCAUGGAGAGGCUGAUCUCCUGCAGGACUUCCCAGAAUCCUUAGCUGAAGUUGUUCUGGUUGCCAUGGUGAUUUUGAUUUUGAAAUGCUCCAAAAUUACAGACAUAGGAAAGAAUGGGUUUCUACAAGAGUUGGCCGAUUUUGAGUUACAAUAUCACUCUGUUUACCACCCAUUAUCAAUCAUCAAACAAAAGAUUGAACAAGUGGUGAAUAUUGCUGCUACCUUUCCUGCUGUCAUGAAGUAUGAUGAAGAGAUGACUCUAAGAGACCGUCGUCAGCCAUUAGAGGUGUAUAGAGAGGAUAGUGGAGCAUACGCUGAAGUACAGGGUGUCACAAAAUUCAUUGUUUUGUUGGUAUGCCAGGACUGGUGUUGUCAUCACACGGUGGAGGAAAUAAAUAAAAGUCUCUUUCAGGUGUUUAGUGAUGGAAGAUCCCUGGUCCAGGCCCUGAUGAAGGAGAAACUCUCUACACUCUACAGGUUUCAGGCCAAUCAAAAGAAAACUGAUGGAGAUGGAGGGGGUUGUGGGGAGGCUGAAAUUGUGGGUCUGCUGUAUCGAAUUCUGAUGGAGUUACACACAGUCCAACAACAGGUGGUUGGUACCCUCAGCACCAAACAGGAACAACUAGAGAGAAAAAAACUCAGAUCCAGACAAAGACGGAACCUUGUAUUAUUGAUAAGGAGCUGCCCAUUUUUUCACCACUGUGCCCACAUGGUCGUACUGAUCUGUACUUGGAAGCUGUAUUCUCUUAGCACUCAUCCAGGAUCAAAGGUCAUCAGGUUUUUAAAGCUUUUGUUACAGUUUGUUGAAAAUCUGAGAACAUUCACCAGACCCGAGAAAAACAAAUGGACCGAGAGCAUAAACUUGUACUGCGAGUUUAUACCAAAGAUCAAGGACACUUUAAUAGCACUCAAUGGUACACUUGCAUCCAUGAAAAGCUAAGAUUAUUUGUCGUAUGAUGAGAAAUGAUGGAGAACGUCUCUUCCUCGCUGGAAAAUCUACCAAAGCAUAGUGAC